AUGGCUGCGCGACUUCUGAAACCCAUCGCUGUCGCAUGUGCAGGAUUGCUUUCUACAAUCACUCUUCUGUUCAUCACCGUCAAGGUCGAUUCGGAUAAUACACUGAAAUCUCAAGACUUGAUCUCUAGCCUUUGCCCACAAGCAGAAGUCCUGGUUCCCCACAUCAAUCAUGAGUUAUGGUCUGCAGUUGGAGAAGGGAUGAGCACGAACGACUUCAAAAUUAUUGCGAUUGACUGGCUUUCUGGAGCAGUUCAGAUUGAAACCGAAACGUACGAUGAUUUGGGACCGGUGGGUGAAGAUCCUCGUUGGGAAAAUCGGUUACUAUUCCAUGAAUAUUUGGAGAAUACCUUCCCGCUUGUCCAUUCUGCUCUCAAGCUCGAACGGAUCAACACGUAUGGCCUGUUAUAUACUUGGCAAGGAUCCAACGUCUCAUUAAAGCCUUCACUUCUCAUGGCGCAUUUUGAUGUCGUUCCUGUUAAUUCUGAUACCCUCUCAGAGUGGGCGUAUCCCCCUUAUUCGGGACACUUCGAUGGUAAACUCAUAUGGGGUCGAGGCUCGAAUGACGACAAGAGUGGAUUGAUUAGUACGAUUGGUGCCAUCGAGGUUCUCCUACGUCAUGGGUUUCAGCCAACCCGCACUUUCGUGAUUGCGUUUGGAUUUGACGAAGAAGGCGCAUCAGGAAACACUGAACCGGCUAUAUUGCCCUGGGCAAGAGGUGCAAAAGAACUGGCUGACGCGAUGUUAAAUCGGUAUGGCCAAAAUUCUUUUGCCUUUAUCAUUGAUGAGGGUGGGGGGUUCUCGGAGCAAUUUGGCACUGUUAUUGCGACACCAGGAAUUGCCGAAAAGGGCUCUAUGAAUGCAAAUAUAUACUUAGCUGCACCGGGUGGGCAUUCAAGUACCCCUCCAGAACACACUAGUAUUGGCAUUCUUUCCGCACUAUUGGUUCAACUCGAGAAUCAUCCGUUCGAAGUUCAUAUUGAACGCGGAACAUCCAGCUAUGAGUUGUUGCAAUGCUUCGCUGAGCAUGGCGCCACAAUUCCUUCUACUCUACGUGAUGCCAUAAAGGAUUCGGCGAAUUCUGAUGACGCCCUGCAGCAAGUUGAAAAUAUCCUUUUCAAAGAUCCGUGGUUCAAAAGCUUGAUCGGAACCACACAAGCUGUCGACGUAAUUCGUGGGGGAGUCAAGUCUAAUGCACUGCCUGAACAAGCUUGGGCUAUCGUGAAUCAUCGCAUUGCUACAACUAGCUCAGUGAAUGCCACAACAAAGCACGACAUUGAUCUCUUCUUGCCACUUGCCAUAGAGUUUGGCCUGGAGUUUUCGGUUUUUGGAGAAAUAUUAUAUGUUCCGGAUGCUGAAAUGAAAGGAAAUCUGAAAUUUACGACCUCCGUUGGGCUGGAACCUGCACCUAUUACACCGAUUAAUUCUGCCCAGUAUCAAUUGUUAUCUGGAACCAUCAAAGCUACGUACAAUGCGCAUCGUGCUUUGCAAGGCAAUAAUAUUGUCGUAGGUCCGGGCAUGCCUACGGGAAACACAGAUACGAAGUAUUAUUGGUCAUUGUCCGAGCACAUUUUCCGAUACAAACACCACAAUGGAGGAAGCUCAAACAACCCUCUGUCAGGGGCUCAUACCGUGAAUGAAUCUUUCAGUGUGGACUCUCUCCUGGAGACCAUUCGGUUUUUUGUGACCCUCAUUUUGAAUGCUGACGAGUCAAACGAGUUUUGA